AUGGCUUCCAUCUUCUCACCCCUCAUAACAAUCCUCCUCCUCCUCCUAAUUUUUGGUGGUGAGGCACGUGACCCUUUCGCCUGUGACCCAAAGAACACCGCCACAAAGAACUUGCCGUUUUGUAAGGCGUCGUUGCCAAUACCAGCAAGGGUGAAUGACCUAAUUGGAAGGUUGACGCUACAAGAAAAGGUUAACCUCCUAGUGAACCAUGCCACGGCGGUUCCACGGCUUGGAAUCCAAGGCUACGAGUGGUGGUCUGAGGCACUCCAUGGGGUUUCAAAUGUGGGUCCCGGAACCAAGUUUGGUGGCCAAUUCCCUGCCGCCACUAGCUUCCCUCAAGUCAUCACUACCGCUGCUUCAUUCAACGCGUCCAUGUGGGAAGAAAUUGGACGGGUUGCCUCAGACGAAGCAAGGGCAAUGUACAACGGAGGAACGGCUGGGCUAACGUACUGGAGCCCAAACGUUAAUAUUUUUAGGGACCCACGGUGGGGCCGUGGACAGGAGACUCCCGGUGAGGACCCCAUGCUAGCCGGUAAAUAUGCUGCCAGUUACGUGAGGGGACUUCAGGGAACGGACGGUAGCCGGUUGAAGGUGGCUGCUUCUUGCAAACACUUUACGGCUUAUGACCUUGAUAAUUGGAACGGUGUGGAUCGCUUUCACUUUAAUGCAAAGGUUAGCAAGCAGGACAUAGAGGACACGUUCAAUGUGCCAUUCAGGAUGUGCGUGAAGGAAGGCAAAGUGGCGAGUGUGAUGUGUUCUUACAAUCAGGUUAAUGGGGUCCCUACCUGUGCGGACCCCAACCUCCUAAAGAGAACAGUUCGCGGCCAAUGGGGUCUUAAUGGGUACAUUGUAUCGGACUGUGACUCAGUUGGGGUGUUCUACACUAGCCAGCAUUACACAUCAACGCCAGAAGAAGCUGCUGCCGAUGCCAUUAAAGCAGGUUUGGAUUUGGAUUGUGGGCCUUUCCUGGGAUUGCAUACGCAGAAUGCUGUCCAAAAAGGCAUGUUAAGCGAAGCUGACGUGAAUGGUGCUUUAGUGAACACACUGACAGUACAAAUGAGAUUAGGGAUGUUCGAUGGUGAGCCAUCAACUCACCCAUAUGGGAACCUUGGUCCAAAAGAUGUGUGCACUCAAUCUCACCAAGAGCUGGCUCUUGAAGCUGCAAGACAAGGGAUUGUGCUUCUUAAGAACAGUGGACCUUCUUUGCCUCUCUCCUCACGGCGUCACCGCACCGUGGCUGUCAUUGGGCCCAAUUCUAAUGUCACUGUCACAAUGAUUGGCAACUAUGCUGGUAUUGCUUGUGGAUACACAAGUCCCUUACAAGGAAUAGGAAAAUACGCCAGGACUAUUCACGAGCUGGGUUGUGAAAAUGUGGCUUGUACUGAUGACAAGCAAUUUGGGAGGGCUCUAGAUGCAGCUCAUCAAGCAGAUGCGACUGUUCUAGUAAUGGGUCUGGACCAGUCGAUUGAGGCUGAAACCGUUGACAGGGCUGGGUUGCUUCUUCCAGGGCGUCAACAAGACCUUGUCUCAAAGAUAGCAGCUGCCUCGAGAGGCCCAACAAUUUUGGUUAUAAUGUCUGGUGGGCCUGUUGAUAUAACUUUUGCAAAGAAUGAUCCUCGAAUCGUAGGCAUCUUGUGGGCUGGUUAUCCGGGUCAAGCUGGUGGAGCUGCCAUUGCAGAUAUCUUGUUUGGAAUUACUAACCCAGGCGCCAAGCUACCUAUGACAUGGUACCCACAAGGAUACCUACAAAACUUGCCAAUGACAAAUAUGGCAAUGAGAUCAAGCCGAACCACAGGGUACCCUGGAAGAACCUAUCGAUUUUACAAAGGUCCAGUGGUGUAUCCAUUUGGUUAUGGAUUGUCUUACACACACUUUGUUCAUACAUUGGCUAGUGCCCCUAAAUUGGUCUCAGUUCCCGUGGAUGGCCACCGUCACGGAAAUAGCUCGAACAUUUCAAGCAAGGCAAUUAAAGUGACACAUGCACGAUGUGGCAAGCUUUCUAUUACACUUCACGUCGACGUUAAAAACGUUGGCUCCAGAGAUGGCACUCACACGUUGCUAGUGUUCUCGGCACCACCCGCAGGUAAUGGCCAUUGGGCACCACACAAGCAAUUAGUGGCCUUUGAGAAAGUUCAUGUUCCUGCUAAGGCUCAGCAGCGAGUGCGAGUCAAUAUUCAUGUCUGCAAGCUCCUAAGUGUGGUUGACAGGUCUGGGACUAGGAGAAUUCCAAUGGGGGAUCACAGUUUUCACAUUGGCAAUCUUAAACACUCUGUAUCACUUCAAGCAGAGACACUUGGAAUUAUCAAGUCCUGA